AGGCACCUUGUUGGCUUCAAAGGGACACGAUAGCGUCGCUGGAGGAGGUGAAAACUGAUUUAGUGUGUGUGUAAAAGUAUUUCUACGUUAAAAAAAAAGGCAGCAAAAGCAUUGAGGGAAGACAGACGAUUCCAAAGAGAGGAGCUGAGAAAGAAGCACACCCAGGAGAGAGAUGGACGGACAGACAGAGGGGGAGAGAGACUUCUUUCUUUGCCAUGCUACCUCGCUGUCUCUCUGCCGGUGUGACCUUGCCUCGGCCGGCCUCCUCCGCCGUGCCGGGCUGCUGUGCAGAGCUGGUGAGCAGGUUAGAUAAGACAGACAGACAGACGGGCGGACAGACAGACAGCUGUGAGGGGGGAUGGACGCCUCAGACAGGCUGCGACACCAGACCCUCCCGUCCCGCUGUCCCAGCUGCGGGACAUACGUACGAGCCUAUUCCACCGUGCGGAUCUCCACCGCCGAAAUGGAGUCCUACCACCACUUCCUGGGGGUGUGUGAGCAGGCCGAGUCAGCCACGCAGAGAAAUGAGAUCAUGCAGCAGGAGAUCAGGCCCCUGCUCGCCGUGGACAUCAUCGAGCAGCUUCAUCGCCAGUUUGCCAUGCUGUCAGGAGGGCGAGGGAAGGACGGCGCCCCCAUCAUCACCUUCCCCGAGUACUCAGGCUUCGGCGAGCUGCCUGAUGAAGACUUCCUCAACGUGGUGACCUACCUGACCAGCAUCCCCAGCCUGGACGCUGCGAGUAUCGGCUUCAUCAUCAUCAUCGACCGGCGGAAGGACAAGUGGAGCUCGGUCAAGGCCUCCCUCACCAGGAUCGCUGGGGCGUUUCCAGGAAACCUGCAGCUGGUGCUCGUGCUGCGACCCUCCAGGUUCUUCCAGAGAACGAUAGCAGACAUCGGCAUCAAGCUGCACAGAGACGACUUUAAAAUGAAGGUACCGAUUGUGAUGCUGAACUCGCUGUCGGACCUGCACGGCUACGUGGAUAAAGGCCAGCUGACCUGCGAGUUAGGAGGAAACUUGGAGUACUGUCACAGUCAGUGGAUACACCACCGAACUGCCAUAGAGAACUUUGCCAUGACGGUGAAAACCACAGCACAGAUGCUACAGAAGUUUGGGACGGACCUGGCAGAGACGGAGCUGCCCAACGACGUCCAGUGCACCAAAGACCUGCUCGUCGCACACACCGACAAGCACAACAAACUCAAGGAUGAACUGAAGCUAGCUCUGAAGCAGGGGACCACCUUGCUCGGUUGUAUCAAGGAGCAGGCGGCCAAGUCGGAGAGCCACCGGCUGAACCCCGACGAGAUGGAGAACCAGACCACGGUGGAGAGGCUGCUGGCCCAGCUGGAUGAAACAGAGAACGCCUUUGAGCAGUUCUGGUCCAAACACCAUCUGAAGCUCGAACAGUGUCUGCAGCUCCGCCACUUUGAGCAGGACUUCAGAGAGGUCAAAGUGUCCCUCGACGGUUUGACGGACAGCCUGACCGGCCUAUCAGACAUCGGCGACUGCGUGGCCAGAGUAGAACAUCUGCUGAAGGAGCUCAAGGUCUUAGAGGAGAAGGCUCAGGCGACCCUGGAGAAGGCCCAGCUCCACGCGUUGCACGGCGACCAGCUGAUCCAGAGCAACCACUACGCCGUCGACUCCAUCCGGCCCAAAUGCGUGGAGCUGCGGCGGGUCUGCGACGACUUCAACAACGAGGCCAAGAAGAAGACGGACGUCCUGUCCAAGUCCCUGCAGAUACACCAGGGCAUCGACAAGGUGAACCAGUGGUGCGAGUCCGGCGUCUACCUGCUGGCCUCGCAGGCCGUCGACAAGUGUCAGUCACAGGAAGGGGCGGAGUCAGCGCUGGCCGACAUCGAGCGCUUCCUGGAGACGGCCGAGGAGAAUCAGCUGACUGAACUCAGGAACAUCCACAACCAGUAUGAGGUCGUCCUGUCAGAGGAUGUCAAGGCUAGCGUCCUGAAGGCGCUGAAGAGGCUGGAGGACGUCCAGGAAAUGUUCGAGAAGAGGCACAUCAGCCUGAAGAAGCUGUCGGCCAAACAGACGAGGCCCGUGCAGCCCGUGGCCCCGCGCCCCGAGUCCUCGCCCAAACGGCCCUCCCUGAAGAACACGUCCAGAACCGCCGGAUCCCAGCAACCUCUCGCCCGCAGAUCAUCAGACAACACGAACAGCGGCAAGCAGCAGGCCGAAUCCGAUCCCAACAAGAAGAAGAACAUCCGCAAAGCCAAGGGAGGCAUCAAGAUUGAGGUGAUGCAUGAGGCGAGUCAAGGAGGCUCCACCCACGUCGUCGUGUCCAAUGAGACCGAGGAGAGUCUGUCCAACAGGCGCAGACACAUCAUGACCGAGCUGAUUGAGACGGAGAGGCUGUACGUCGAGGAGCUGCAAAGCAUCAUGGAGGGCUAUUUUGCAGAAUUGGAUAACUCAGAGCUCAGCCACCUCAUCCCCCCCUCGCUGGAGAACAAGAGAGACGUGCUGUUUGGCAAUCUGCCCGAGAUCUACGAGUUUCACAACAGGACGUUUCUGAGGGAGCUGGAGAACUGUGCCGAGAAACCGGAGCUGGUGGGAACCUGCUUCCUGAAGAGGAAAGAGGAGCUGCAGGUGUACGAGAAGUACUGUCAGAAUAAACCGCGCUCUGAAGUCCUCUGGAGACAGUGUGGAGACAGCCUCUUCUUCCAGGAGUGCCAGAAGAAGCUGGACCACAAGCUGUCGCUGGACGCCUACCUGCUCAAGCCCGUCCAGAGGAUCACCAAAUACCAGCUCAUGCUCAAGGAGAUGUUAAAGUGCAGUAAAGGUGAGGGGACGGCCGAGCUGGAAGAGGCUCUGGCCACCAUGUUGGACAUCAUCAAAUCCGUCAACGACUCCAUGCACCAGAUAGCCAUCACCGGCUUUGAGGGAAACCUGAGCGAGCUGGGCAAGCUGCUCAUGCAGGGAUCCUUCAACGUGUGGACGGACCACAAGAAAGGCCACAGCAAGGUGAAGGACCUGGCCCGCUUCAAGCCCAUGCAGAGACACCUGUUCCUGUACAACAAGAUGCUGCUGUUCUGCAAGAAGCGCGAGGAGACGACGGAUGGGCACGAGAAGACGCCGUCCUACAGCUUCAAACACUCCCUCAAGAUGAGCGCCGUGGGGAUCACGGAGAACGUCAAAGGCGACAUCAAGAAGUUUGAGGUGUGGUACAACGGCAGGGAGGAGGUCUACAUCAUCCAGGCUUCCUCCAUGGAUGUGAAAAAUAUGUGGGUGUCAGAGAUUCGUAAAGUUCUAACAGGACAGCUGGAGGCAUGCAGAGAGGCCAGCCAGCUCCAUCAGAAGAUCUCGGAGAACAUCUACGGUGCCCCCAUGAGGAACAUGCGUAAGGUGGCGCUCAGGCAGUCCGAUUCGUCCAGUCCAGAGACGGGCUUCAGGAGGAGCAACCCCAGCCCCAACAUGAGGCAGAAGCGAGCCGACGCUUCAGCCGGCCAAUCAGGGCACUCGGCUGCUAACGCUAGGAAACGCUUCACCUUGCAGGGGCUGUCCAAUAGGAGGUCUCUCCCCGCAGAGCCGGCUGUUAAGGAAGCAGAGGUCCCCCGGCGCUUCUCUCUCACCUCCUCUCUCGCCUCCUCUACCUCCUCCUCCUUCGCAACGCGGCGCACAAAAGGCUGGACCCAGCGGCGUCUGCCCUCCAUGGACACAGAGGACUUCGAGACGAUCCCCUCCAGCGCAGAGGAACUGUCCAACUCCUCCGAAGAGGAAGGAAGCAAUAAAAAUGGUGACAGCGGUCGUUUCCGAGUGCAGCUCACCUACGAGUCCCGGGCAGCGAGGGACCUCUCCCUGGAGUCGGGAGACCUGGUCCAGUUCCUGGAGGAGGCGGAGAACGGACACUGAUAUCUUCAGUGAUCUGUGCAACGCGGCGCUGUCGGACUCGGACGACAACGAAGCCAGCACCUGGGGCGACGUGUCUCAGGACAGCAGAUAAACAUGGCCGACUAGUUUAGUUUUUCCAAUGUAGUUCACCAUGUUGGACUACGAACUUGGCUUCUUAUUGUUAUUUCCACUCCAUGUUGGAUCAUGGACCUGGCUGACUACUGUAACUGUCUGUAGUUUUCCAAAAAUGGACUAUAAGUGUUACUGACUGUUGGUUUUCUACUGUCGCUCUCCAUGUUGGACUGCAAACAUGGCCUGUUGUUGUUUUUCAACUGGAGUUUUUCAUGUCGGACUCACUUUAGCUUUUCUAUGAACCCUCUGGACAAAAAAGCUGGAACCUAAACAAGCCUGAAUGCCACAGUGGGAAAGCCAUAUAAGAUCCUCGAUUCAAGGAACUACAAGUAACCAGCUCUCAUCCUCGGAUAGCUCACGCCGCGACUGGAUGGAUGUGCUGCAAACAGAACUGAACAUCCCACGUCUGACUAAUGCCGACGAUGUAGUGACAAAACUGCAAAGUCCAUGUCUGAGUGCUCGAUUUGGACACCUGAGAAACUCAAAUCCCUUUUUCUGAGUGACUGAGUUGAAUAACCCGAGGAAGGGAGAAAAAAAAAAAAAAAAAAGCAACAAAUUCCAUGUCCUGGUUGUGAAGUAGGCCUUGGCAAGUUGCCCUCUGUCGCUGCUAAGCUGCACUGAAGCAAAAAUCGGAACAUUUUCAGACCAGGUUCUGCCUCUGCCGCCCUGCUCGAGCUGCUGAAGCCUUUCAGGUUCAAACUAUAGACACUUAAAAGUAGCUAUAGUCUCCAGAAGAACCUAGAAGUUGACUCGCUGGCCUUUUCGGCGCCCCCGGUAGGACACCGACGUCGUGGCGUCGCAUUACCUUUGACAGUAUCACCUGAUCUCAAACCCUGUAGACUUGCAGAAUCACCUCUAAAUGUUUUGAAAGGUGCGUAGUUUGUGCACAAGGGGCGAAAAAAAUAACUCAGUACUCUCUACUCUGUCGGUAACUUGAUUAUAUUCUCACAGCUGAAGGAUUAAAUAAUGUUCAGCUGUGAGAUUUUAUGUCAUGCCAGUAAUAGUUCUGGGGAGAUGGGUUAUUUUGAAGUGAAACCUUCGACACGCACACACACACACACUUCAGUGACCCUGCAGUGCCUUCUAGCUGCACGUCCACUGGUUUCAUGCAACUGUCGAUCCAACACUGUGAGGACAGAUGAGACGUCGUCCCUGAACACACAUAAACGAAUGUAAAACGGCACAGCAGCGUGGGUUAGAGAUGUGUCGGUGACGCCCUGUCCAGCUCCAUUCUGCACAUACCUGAGGCCUUUUACGUGUGCUCAGGGUCGACGCCGCCGGCCUGACGCCUGGUUUCCAUUAACAGCAGCGCUUAACAGUAGCAAACCAAUAAAAUACCAUUUUCUAUGGAGGAGAGUUGCUGCUACCUGCUGCAAUCAUCUGCAGCAAGAGAGGGAGAGAGCCUCUGGUCAGCUUGAGGGGUCAGAAAUUACCGGUUAGCAUAUGUGGCCACGAAAAGAAAAAAAAAAAAAAAAAAGGUUAUGAGAGAAAAUCUAAUUUGGACAGUUUUCUUCUACAAAUUUGUUUUUUUGAAACAAUGCUCCUAAAUGAUGUGUUUUUUUUUUUCCAGAUUACUGUUCAGACACGCAGAGAGGAAAGCGGAUGAGGGUGGCCAAAUCGCUCUUGAUGGAAAUUAAGCGCUCUUUCAGUGCAUCUCCUCUCUGAGUGAACGGCGUGGUGGUUUAAAUCAUGUUGCAAGAUACAGACUUGUCUCUGUGACAUAUUAUGGUAUUUGGACCCAUCUCCACCUAAUGGGAUUUUCACUAGCAAGCGCUUUGAGCAUAAUUCACUCUUUGAUACGCUGCAUGACAGUCACUAUCUACGGGCGGGAAGCAUUCAAGUAUUCUCUUUUUGAUUUGUGUGCAUGUAAACACUCUACCUUAUCUGCAUUAGCUCCGAUAAGAUCCUAUCCCGGCCAUCGGGAACCCCAAAUAUGAGUUUGUCUGGAUGCUGAGGCGUGCACACGGCUCAUUCUGCCGGCGUUUGCAGCGUGCACAAGCUCAGUUUGCGUGAUUAAUACUCCGAAUAUUGCAUUCAUUCAUGCACGCGGCGGCUAUUUGUGAUAUCUCUUCAUGUCCUGUUGAUUUAUCCCCGCACUCAGUUUUCAGCUCAGAAGGUAGCAGCGUUCAGACACACAGUCCAUCACAGACCAGAUUGAUUGUAUUCUCACCUUGAAACUCCUUGAGGGAUCCGAGCGCUCGGCCGUCCCGCUGAAUCCGAGGGGACGGCUCGGCCUUUUCGAGCGGCCAGUCCGGUUCACCCCGUCCUCCCAAAAGCCCUCACACCAGUGUGUUUCACCUGCUGAGAUAUCAGACGCCGGGGUUAUGAGCAUUCGUUAGCAAUUCGCGAGCAACGCCAGUGCAAGUCAGCUGGACUGAAAACCAUUUCUUUGACAGAUCGCACUUAAGUCCUCUUUAUACAGUAAAGUAUGUUGUGGGGGAGAAAAAAAAAAAAAAAAUCAGGGACCUGGUUGGCUGCGAGUGAUUUUUCAGGGAAAUGCUUUUUUUUUUUCAGCAAGCAGCACCAGGGCUGUUUUUCUAAUAUGGGCUUCACUCCCGAGAGGAAAAUAGCUUGUUUCUAAAUAAGCACCGAACUCUGAACAUCAGGCUCCUUCAGAGGCGGGAGACGAACAGAUUUUGUCAACUGUAAAUAUACAUCAGUAUUAGUCUAAUAUUGCAUAUUUUUUUUCUGUAACUACAAUAUAUACUACUCAUUUUCUGUAUGAUUGCUGUAUUGCUGUAUACCGUUGUACUUCUCGCAGCUUUUUGGCACGUGCCUCUCUUUGCAUUUCGACUGGUUUACCCAACACACUCCAGACUGAUCUACUGAGGAAUCCUGUCAAACAGCAGCACCUUAUUUACCAAGACACAUCUUGCCAUGAGAAGUAGUAGCCUGACUGUUUUCCUGUUUGCAGCGGUUUAGAUCACAGCUCCGUUUAUUCUGCAGUUGCACCGGAAUACUUGCAUUAGUAAAAAUGUGAAGAAGCAAAAAAAAAAAAAAAAAAAAAAAAAAAAAAAUCUACCAGUUUGCCACCAAAAGGCACCUGAACUUUACUGAAUAGAUGCAUGUCACAUUAUUAGACUUAGUUACAAAAAAAAGGAUUUCUGUUAGUGUCUGCAAACAACUUUAGCCUAUAUACAUUUUAGAAUAUAUAAUAUUUUGUGAUGGUCUAAUUAGACUUUAUUUAUGUAAUUUAGGGAGCUGCAAUUGGAGAGGUUACCUUUCAAUUAUCUGUAUCAGAAGUCCACUAAAGGUCAUAUGUACUUUGAUAUUAUUCAGUCUGACUGUAAUGAAACACAAGCCUUGAAUAUUCUGUAUAUAUUGUGUAUUCUAUCUUAAAUGAAAAAAAUCAUAUUGUACCUUUGUAAAGAAAAUAUUUCUACUGUACUGCAUCCUGCUGCAUUUCCCUUAUUAUAGAAUGUAUCAAGUGUGUAUAAAGUACAAUCUGUCAUUGUAAUGUACAUAUUUAAGACCUCGCCUUGCUUCAUUGUGAUAAUAUGCAUUUAUGGACUUUGUCAUCCUGGUUUUUUGUACUUUCGACAGUGUUUUCAGACUUUAAGAAAGGCAUGCGUAUUUCCGAUUUGAUAUAUAAAUAUAUAUAUAUAUAAAUGGCACACUUAAAGGUGCCAGCUGUAGCAGUUUGUGUAAGGCCGCGGUUCCCAUAAAGCCCUGCUGCUUCCUGUCGCACGGAGGAUGUUGCCAGCUUGAUGACAGUCGGUGUGUGAUCUGGCCUGGCGAGCUAACCUGAAGUUGAAACUAUGCUGUUAUAAAAUAGUGGAUUUUGGAAUAAAGUUCUGUAUGGAUUGAAAAAGUAAAAAUGAUUCGUAAAGAGGA